AACUCAAAAGUGCAUCACGUCUCAAAAAAGUGCACGCUGAUUUAAAGACUGAAAUUUAUCAAGCUUUACAUUUCUUCCCAUUGAAGCUUGCAUUAUGAACCUAUGCUAUGCCUACAUUCUAGGUAAAGGGCUGAAAGUUUGAAAAAUGACAGCUCAGCUGGCUCGUAAGAUACACUUAUUGCUGCCACGUGCAGACCUGCCUGCUGCAUUGCAGUACUUGCAGAAGAAUGGUCCAGACUACUGCAGCUAUGUUCAACUUCCUGUUGAAGAUGGCGCUGCGAUCACGGCCGCCGACCAGGCCGAGCUGGCCUCUGCCGAGGUACUGGUCACCACGGCGCCGCUGCUGGGCUCGACGCUCUACUCCCUGCCGAGGCUGCAGUGGGCGCAACUCACCUUCGCCGGCGUGGAGAAACUCAUGCAGUUUUAUCAGCCAGAAAAGCCGGCGCCGCCGUUCGCCGUCACGCGGAUGGCCAGCACAGCGUUCAGCCGCGAGCUCGCCGAGUGGGUGCUGGCCGCAGUGCUGGGACACGAGCGAGGCUUCGGGAGGCUGUGGGCGGCCCAGCGGCGGCGCGCCUGGACCCAGAGCACCUACACGUACCGGCCCGUCUCGGAGCUGACCAUUGGAGUGCUCGGCACCGGGCAGAUGGGGAGAGAAGUGGGGCUGCUGUUCAAAAAGCUGGGGUGCACCGUUAACGGACUCUCGCGAACGGAGAAACCCGCCGAUGACGCAUUUGACAACAUGUUCACGUCCGAUCAUCUCUCGGAGUUCCUGCGCUCUGCCGACUACCUGUGCAGCGUCCUGCCGAGCACCCCGUCCACCCGGCACCUGCUGACCGCCGCCCGGCUGGCCGACCUGCCCCGCCGGCCGGUGCUCGUCAACGCCGGCCGCGGAGACCUGAUCACUGAGCGGGAGCUGGUGGCGGCCCUGCGCGUGGGCUCGCUCUCCGGCGCCGUGCUGGAUGUGUUCGAAACAGAGCCGCUGCCGGCGGACAGCGAACUCUGGGACAUGGAGCAGGUGACCAUUUCGCCGCACGUGGCCAACCUCAGUCGUCCGGAGCUGGUGUGUGCCGCCUUCCUAGAGAACCUGGAGCGGUUCACUGGCGGCCGGCCGCUGCUGCAUAGGGUCGAGUGGGACCGCGGCUACUGAGCCAGGCGGGAGGUGGGGACGUUAGCCAGCCGACCUGGCCGGGAGGUAAGGGCGCCCGCCGGUCGGCUGGGUAGAGGGGAAGGGCGCCCACCGGCUGGCCAGGGACGGGUGGGACCGGGCGACUGACGAUCGUGCGGUAUGUGGCGGCCCCAGGAGCUUUGAAAGAGGUUAUUUAGGCGAGAUUAAAACCUAGCAGCGAAUUGAGGGUAUUGAUCAGGAGUCGUGACUCGGCUGACUCAGGACUCAGGAAAGAGGUAGCUUGUGGUUGAGUGGGGAAGAUACCCGCGGAUCGGGUGUUACAAGAACAUGACGACAAUCCCGAGCUAUAAUUGCUUACGGACUAAGCACGGGUUAUGUCGUUAUGUGACUUCAUUGGCAGAUGCUGGUUCGUUGUUGGGAUUUGCACUAGAUGCUACGUUUAGAGUUCGACUGCCUGUGGUGGUCGUGAGUAAAUGAUCUGGCAUACCACCGCCUGGGCCGAGUCGUUGGUAAUGGCAUUGGGCAGUGAUACGCUUAAGGGAUAGCUGGUAACCCUGCAUACGCAUAGUAAGCAAUGGAACACAUCGUGUGGUGCGGUAAUGGAAACUACCAUAUUUCAUAAGAUAAUAUGGAUGCUCAUUGCUCUUUUAUAUUUGUAGGCAUGUGUACCAACCUGACUGUAAGUUAAAAUGCGUUUUCUGCAUUUGCCGUAUUAUAACUGUCUAACAAUUGUUAGAAAUCAAUAUUUUGAAUGUGCAAUAAAUUGCGAUGACUUUUUAACUCCGAAUCUUGGGGAAAG